GGCAAAACACUUUAAUUCAACUUUUAUGGUAAAUUUAAAGAAAAACAAUUUUUUGGUAUUUCAAUUGUGGUGGAAAGAGGCAACGUGUCACAAUCUGAUUAGAGAGUAGAGUUACUACAGUGGAUCGUGCAAGAGAAGCCACGUUUCCUAUCUUUGACUGUCCACAACAACACAACACACAAGAACAAUCGCCCCCCAAAAGUAGCAGACCUUUAGGCCUCUCUCAGUCUCUAUAUAACACGCCAUUUUCUUGCCUCUUCCUAACCCAACCUAUUUUUCUUCUUCUCUUUCCCUCUAUCCAAACAGAAACUAAACGAAAAAAAAAGAAAGAGACGAAAAUGGCUCCGAGAGAUAGAUCUAAUAAUUCUAACACUAGCAACAACAUCUCUGAUCACAAUUCCAAUUAUAACGCCAAAGAGAUCCGUUACAGAGGCGUUAGGAAGCGUCCGUGGGGCCGUUACGCCGCUGAGAUCCGUGACCCGGGUAAGAAAACCCGCGUCUGGCUUGGUACUUUCGACACUGCUGAAGAGGCGGCGCGUGCUUAUGAUGCCGCUGCUCGUGAGUUCCGUGGUGCUAAGGCCAAAACUAAUUUCCCUUCGCUUUCUGAAUUCAACACCGGUGCUCCUGCUGCUUCUGUUACCGCCGCCGUCUCGCGUAGUCCUAGCCAAAGUAGCACUGUUGAGUCAUCCUCCCCUCCGCCGCCUCUACCACCCGCCGGUUCUCCUGCCCCACUGCCUCUUGACCUCACUCUCAACAUCCCUAGCCAUCACUUUCACAACGGUGUUAAUUUAUCUGCUGGCGCGUGGAUUUCACUGGCGGCAGUGGGGCGCCCGGUAUUUUUCUUUGAUGCGUUUGCUCCUCAGGGUCGGGGAGAGAAUCACAAAACGCAAAUUUUUGAUCAGACGGCUGUGAUGGUGAGCGGUGGCGGCGGCGGCGCUGGAACUCAGAGUGAUUCAGAUUCGUCAUCUGUGGUUGAUUACGAGCAGGAUCAUUAUCCUAGUCCUUGCAAGAAAGGAUUAUCGCUUGAUCUUGAUCUCAACAUGCCUCCAGCAGAAGUUGUCUGAUAUUUCCGCUUCUUGUUCUUGGAAGAUCCCUGGAUUUUUUGGAACGAAAUCGUCCUCCUUUUUUUGGCUUCACUGCCCGUCGUUUAUGCAUUUCCUUUUCAAUUUCUUUUUUUGUUUUUGGUUGAGCAAGGAAAAUAUCUGACAUAAUUAUAUCUAUUUUAUGUACAUAAAGAAGAGAAGAGAUAACCCAAAAGUUUUUAGCAAGAGAAAGAAGAAAUCACGAGUUUCUUUGAAUCUUGUUUCUACUGUUCUAAAUUUAUUUCUAGUGGAAUCAAAGAAUUUCUUCUGUA